GAGCAAAUGGUUUAUCGCAUGCGCACAACAAGCAAACUCAACCAUGGGGAAGGAGUUCGGACGUUUGAUCAGAGCACGACAUCUUAUAUGGUACUCUCUCUCGCCCUUCGCUCAAAGACCAUUCGCCGGAUACUUUCGUGAGGGCAUACCCAACACAGUGAGACGAUUCAAAGACGCAUUUCUUUACCCGAUACCAGGAUUCCUAAUGGCUGGAUUAACGUACGUGUGGAUGGAGGAAACCCACCACGAGCUCAAUCGCAAACACCUCGAAGACUAUGAAAACGACGUAUAACAACGUACUGCGUUGCUUUUAGUGCACAAGUUGUCAUCUAGACUAUAGUAUCAUCUACAUACAAGUAUAUCUAAUAAUUCAAUGAAAGAAA